AUGGCCACCACCUCCUCUGCUACCACCACAGCUACCAGCACAUCUGCUCUUACCACAGCUACCACCACCUCUGCACCCACCACAGACACGGGCAUCUCAGAAACCUCCCCAGACACCACAACAUCUGCUCCUGCCAUGGCCACCACCACCUCUGAACCCACCACCACAGCCUUGAGAACCUCUGAAGCCACCACGGCCACCAGCCCCUCCACGGACAAUGGCAUAUCUGAAACCACCACUGCCACCACCACCUCUGCACGUACCACGGUGGCCUACAGCACCUACGAACCCUCCACAGGCAACAGCAUGUCUACUCCCAUGACCACCACCACUGGCACCUCUGCAAUCUCCACUGCCACCAGCCCCUUCGAACCCACCACGGGCACCACCACCUCUGCUCCCACUACAGCUACUACCACCUCGGCACACACUACAGACUCUGGCACAUCUGCUCCCACCAUGGCCACCACCACCUCUGCAACCACCACUACAGCCUUGAGAACCUCUGAAGCCACCACGGCCACCAGCACCUCUGCAACCACCACAGGCACCACCACAUCUGCUCCCUCCACAGACACCGGCACCUCUACUCCCACCACCGCCAUGGCCACAAUGGCCACCACCACCUCUGCACACACCACAGGCACCGGCACCUCUGCUCCCACCACCACAGCCUUGAGCGCCUCUGAAGUCACCACAGGCACAAGCACUUCUGUUCCCACCACGGCCACCACCACCUCUGCAACCACUACAGCUACUACCACCUCUGCACACACUACAGACUCCGACACAUCUGCUCCCACCAUGGCCACCACCACCUCUGAAACCACAGUGGCCACCACCACCUCUGCUACCACCACAACGGCCUUGAGAACCUCUGAAGCCGCCACAGCCACCGGCACCUCUGCACCCACUAUGGCCACCACCUCCUCUGCUACCACCACAGCUACCAGCACAUCUGCUCUUACCACAGCUACCACCACCUCUGCACCCACCACAGACACGGGCAUCUCAGAAACCUCCCCAGACACCACAACAUCUGCUCCUGCCAUGGCCACCACCACCUCUGAACCCACCACCACAGCCUUGAGAACCUCUGAAGCCACCACGGCCACCAGCACAGCUGAAACCACCGUGGCCACCACCACCUCUACUCCCAUUACAGACACUCUCACAUCUGCAUCCACCAUGGCCACCUCUGAACCCACCACAGUCACCAGCACCCCUGCACCCACCACCACGGCCUUCAGCACUUCGGAACCCACCACAUUUACCAGAUCCUCUCAGCCCUCCACGGACAAUGGCAUAUCUGAAACCACCACUGCCACCACCACCUCUGCACGUACCACCGUGGCCUACAGCACCUACGAACCCUCCACAGGCAACAGCAUGUCUACUCCCAUGACCACCACCACUGGCACCUCUGCAAUCUCCACUGCCACCAGCCCCUUCGAACCCACCACGGGCACCACCACCUCUGCUCCCACUACAGCUACUACCACCUCGGCACACACUACAGACUCUGACACUCUCACAUCUGCAUCCACCAUGGCCACCUCUGAACCCACCACAGUCACCAGCACCCCUGCACCCACCACCACGGCCUUCAGCACUUCGGAACCCACCACAUUUACCAGAUCCUCUCAGCCCUCCACGGACAAUGGCAUAUCUGAAACCACCACUGCCACCACCACCUCUGCACGUACCACCGUGGCCUACAGCACCUACGAACCCUCCACAGGCAACAGCAUGUCUACUCCCAUGACCACCACCACUGGCACCUCUGCAAUCUCCACUGCCACCAGCCCCUUCGAACCCACCACGGGCACCACCACCUCUGCUCCCACUACAGCUACUACCACCUCGGCACACACUACAGACUCUGGCACAUCUGCUCCCACCAUGGCCACCACCACCUCUGCAACCACCACUACAGCCUUGAGAACCUCUGAAGCCACCACGGCCACCAGCACCUCUGCAACCACCACAGGCACCACCACAUCUGCUCCCUCCACAGACACCGGCACCUCUACUCCCACCACCGCCAUGGGCAACUCUGCACCCACCUCGGAAACCACCGUGGCCACCACCACCUCUACUCCCAUUACAGACACUCUCACAUCUGCAUCCACCAUGGCCACCUCUGAACCCACCACAGUCACCAGCACCCCUGCACCCACCACCACGGCCUUCAGCACUUCGGAACCCACCACAUUUACCAGAUCCUCUCAGCCCUCCACGGACAAUGGCAUAUCUGAAACCACCACUGCCACCACCACCUCUGCACGUACCACCGUGGCCUACAGCACCUACGAACCCUCCACAGGCAACAGCAUGUCUACUCCCAUGACCACCACCACUGGCACCUCUGCAAUCUCCACUGCCACCAGCCCCUUCGAACCCACCACGGGCACCACCACCUCUGCUCCCACUACAGCUACUACCACCUCGGCACACACUACAGACUCUGGCACAUCUGCUCCCACCAUGGCCACCACCACCUCUGCGACCACCACUACAGCCUUGAGAACCUCUGAAGCCACCACGGCCACUGGUACCUCUGCACCCACUAUGGACACCACCAACUCUGCUCCCACCACCACAGCCUUGAGAACCUCUGAAGCCACGACGGCCACUGGCACCGGCACCUCUGCUCCCACCACUACAGCCUUGAGCGCCUCUGAAGUCACCACAGGCACAAGCACUUCUGUUCCCACCACGGCCACCACCACCUCUGCAACCACUACAGCUGCUACCACCUCUGCACACACUACAGAUUCCGACACAUCUGCUCCCACCAUGGCCACCACCACCUCUGAAACCACAGUGGCCACCACCACCUCUGCUACCACCACAACGCCCUCCACGGACAAUGGCAUAUCUGAAACCACCACUGCCACCACCACCUCUGCACGUACCACGGUGGCCUACAGCACCUACGAACCCUCCACAGGCAACAGCAUGUCUACUCCCAUGACCACCACCACUGGCACCUCUGCAAUCUCCACUGCCACCAGCCCCUUCGAACCCACCACGGGCACCACCACCUCUGCUCCCACUACAGCUACUACCACCUCGGCACACACUACAGACUCUGACACUCUCACAUCUGCAUCCACCAUGGCCACCUCUGAACCCACCACAGUCACCAGCACCCCUGCACCCACCACCACGGCCUUCAGCACUUCGGAACCCACCACAUUUACCAGAUCCUCUCAGCCCUCCACGGACAAUGGCAUAUCUGAAACCACCACUGCCACCACCACCUCUGCACGUACCACGGUGGCCUACAGCACCUACGAACCCUCCACAGGCAACAGCAUGUCUACUCCCAUGACCACCACCACUGGCACCUCUGCAAUCUCCACUGCCACCAGCCCCUUCGAACCCACCACGGGCACCACCACCUCUGCUCCCACUACAGCUACUACCACCUCGGCACACACUACAGACUCUGGCACAUCUGCUCCCACCAUGGCCACCACCACCUCUGCGACCACCACUACAGCCUUGAGAACCUCUGAAGCCACCACGGCCACUGGUACCUCUGCACCCACUAUGGACACCACCAACUCUGCUACCACCACCACAGCCUUGAGAACCUCUGAAGCCACCACGGCCACUGGUACCUCUGCACCCACUAUGGACACCACCAACUCUGCUACCACCACCACAGACUUGAGAACCUCUGAAGCCACCACGGCCACCGGCACCUCUGAAAGCACCACAGCUACCAGCACCUCUGCACCCACCACAGACACUCUCACAUCUGCAUCCACCAUGGCCACCUCUGAACCCACCACAGUCACCAGCACCCCUGCACCCACCACCACGGCCUUCAGCACUUCGGAACCCACCACAUUUACCAGAUCCUCUCAGCCCUCCACGGACAAUGGCAUAUCUGAAACCACCACUGCCACCACCACCUCUGCACGUACCACCGUGGCCUACAGCACCUACGAACCCUCCACAGGCAACAGCAUGUCUACUCCCAUGACCACCACCACUGGCACCUCUGCAAUCUCCACUGCCACCAGCCCCUUCGAACCCACCACGGGCACCACCACCUCUGCAACCACUACAGCUACUACCACCUCGGCACACACUACAGACUCCGACACAUCUGCUCCCACCAUGGCCACCACCACCUCUGAAACCACAGUGGCCACCACCACCUCUGCUACCACCACAACGCCCUCCACGGACAAUGGCAUAUCUGAAACCACCACUGCCACCACCACCUCUGCACGUACCACCGUGGCCUACAGCACCUACGAACCCUCCACAGGCAACAGCAUGUCUACUCCCAUGACCACCACCACUGGCACCUCUGCAAUCUCCACUGCCACCAGCCCCUUCGAACCCACCACGGGCACCACCACCUCUGCUCCCACUACAGCUACUACCACCUCGGCACACACUACAGACUCUGGCACAUCUGCUCCCACCAUGGCCACCACCACCUCUGCGACCACCACUACAGCCUUGAGAACCUCUGAAGCCACCACGGCCACUGGUACCUCUGCACCCACUAUGGACACCACCAACUCUGUUACCACCACCACAGCCUUGAGAACCUCUGAAGCCACCACGGCCACUGGCACCGGCACCUCUGCUCCCACCACUACAGCCUUGAGCGCCUCUGAAGUCACCACAGGCACAAGCACUUCUGUUCCCACCACGGCCACCACCACCUCUGCAACCACUACAGCUGCUACCACCUCUACCACCUCUGCUACCACCACCACAGCCUUGAGAACCUCUGAAGCCACCACGGCCACCAGCACAGCUGAACACCACAGCUACCAGCACCUCUGCACCCACCACAGGCACCACCACAUCUGCUCCCUCCACAGACACCGGCACCUCUACUCCCACCACCACCAUGGGCACCUCUACACCCACCUCUGCAACCAGCACUACUGCUCCCACCACAGCUACCAGCACAUCUGCUCUUACCACAGCUACCACCACCUCUACACCGGCUCCUCUACUCCCACCACCACCACGGGCACCUCUGCAACCACCACGGCAACCAGCACUACUGCUCCCACCACAGCUACCAGCACAUCUGCUCUUACCACAACUACCACCACCUCUGCAACCACCACAGACAUGGGCAUCUCCCAACCCUCCACAGACACCACAACAUCUGCUCCCAACACGGCCACCACCACUUCUACACCCACUACAGCUACCUCCACCUCUGCACCCACCACAGACACGGGCAUCUCAGAAACCUCCCCAAACAUCACAACAUCUGCUCCCACCAUGGCCACCACCACCUCUGAACCCACCACGACAGCCUUGAGAACCUCUGAAGCCACCACGGCCACCAGCACUUCUGUUCCCACUAUGGCCACCACCACCUCUGCAACCACUACAGCUACUACCACCUCGGCACACACUACAGACUCCGGCACCUCUGCACCCACCACAACUGCCUCCAGCACCUCUUUGCCCACCUCUUCUCUUAACACUACCGACACCAGCACCCCUGCACCCUCCACAGCCACCAGCCCCCCUGCAGCCCCCACAGCCAGCAUCACCUCUGCAUCAACCACAGACGCCAUUAGCUCUGUACCUGGUGUUGUUACCAGCACCUCUGCACCCAUCAUGACACAUCCCAACAACGUGACUUCGCCUCCCAACAUGACCAGUUCUACUGUCAGCAACUCUUCAUCCCCCAAGCCUACCACCACGAGUUCAUCUCCCACCACCACCACUACUCUCCGUCCCACCACCACUCCAGUGUUCUGCCAUAAUGGAGGUACUUGGGUGGACGGCCACUGCAAGUGCCCCAUCGGUUUCACGGGUGACACGUGCAUGGACAUCAGUAACACCAUCGAAACAAACGCUGAGACAAACGGGACAGUGCAGGUGAAGCUGCGGGUCACCAACCGGGAGUUCACCGAUGACCUCCGAAACACCAGCUCUCCCGCCUACUUGGAGUUUGUCGAGGACUUCACGAAGCAGAUGAAUGCGGUCUACAGCAACGUUGAGGGCUACAAGGGCAUCCAGAUCCUGAAUCUAACGUCCGGCAGCGUGGUGGUGGACCACAUCGUCAUCAUCUCCUUGCUGGUGACCACCCAAACCCAGGAGAAGCUCCACAACAUCACGGUGGACCUGCAGGAAGAAAUUCACGCUGCAGUGGAGCAGCAGAACUGCACAAAUGGUACCUACAUGCUGUGCUUCAACUCCUCCGACGUGGUGAUCAGCAACAGCUCGCUCAACUUCGACGAAGAGGCCUACUGCCGUCAGGCAAUUUCUGCCGACUACCAGGACUAUUACUUUCCCAACCUGACGAGCUCCGGUUUCUACUGCAUAUCCAACUGUACUCCGGGCACCUCCGGCACCAUCAACUGCAACAAGGGGCAGUGCCAGCUCACCCGGAGCGGUCCACAGUGCUUCUGCUACGAGACCGAUAUCUACUGGUACCAAGGCGAUCGCUGCAAGACCCGGGUCAGCAAGCUGGCGGUGGGGUUGGGCUUGGCCGUGGCAGUUCUGGCCACGACGGUCGCCGUCCUCGCCGUCUUCUUAUUCCGAGCUCAGAGGACCAGAUCGUUUUACAGCACCCAGAAGGCGAUGAAGCAGAGGUGGUACGAGGACAACGCGGUUGACGUGUGGAGCCUCCCGGGAAGCUUCACCUUCCAGAACCAAGGCGCCCAGCUCGAGGACAACUUUCAGGUCAACCUUGACUCUGUGGACACCUCAGCACCGGUCCAGGUCCCGAGGCCGGAGAAGGUCUUCACACAGCUCUGA